GCACGCUCACUCGCUACUACCACAUCCCUCCGCACCCUCCAUUCCUCUUCAACCCUCGCUGUACCCCCCUCCGCCCCUCGUUAUAGUGACAUCGCCAUGGCUUGCUGCAGCCUUCAGCUCGCGGCGCCCUCCGCCGCGUGGAAAGGCCAAGCGCAGUCGCUCACGGCUGCCGGCGACAAAUCGUCGUUCUUUGGGCGACUUCCCGCCGUCGCACGAUCGCCACUAGUCGCAGACGCCACCCUCGCCGCGUCGCGUGCAGCCGCCUCUCCGCGCGCCUCCAGUGGGCUGAUCGGCGUGAGCGGCGACGUGGUGUCGCCGCGCGCGGCGCGGCAGAAGAUCCCGCCGAUGCAGCCGGUGGUGCUCACGCCGUCGGGCCCGGCGGACCUGAUGUCGGCGUUCCUGCGCAACCGCAUCAUCUUCGUUGGCGCGCCCAUCAACCAGCAGAUGGCGCAGCGCGUCAUCCAGCAGCUCCUCGCGCUCGCCGCCGUCGACGACCGCCAAGACAUCAAGAUGUACAUCAACUGCCCCGGGGGCAGCACGUACUCCGUCCUCGCCAUCUACGACUGCAUGGCAUGGAUCAAGCCGGACGUGCAGACGGUGGCGUUCGGCAUGACGGCGUCGCAGGGCGCGCUGCUGCUGGCGGCGGGCGCCAAGGGCAAGCGACUCGCCAUGCCCAACUCGCGCAUCAUGAUCCACCAGCCGCAGGGCGGGUGCGGGGGUACAUCAGAGGAUGUGCGGCGGCAAGUCAACGAGGUCAUGGCUUCUCGUGAUAAGCUGGACAAGAUGUUUUCUGCAUUCACAGGGCAGCCGUUGGAGCUCAUUCAGAAGUACACGGAGAGGGACCGCUUCUUCUCCGCUGCGGAGGCCAUGGAGUUUGGGCUCAUUGACGGGCUCUUGGAGACGGAGUACUAGAUACACCAUUCAUUCCCUCACUGCUCCCAUGCUCCCUAUUCUCCACUACCUGCUAGCUGCACAUGCAUGUGCCUGACUCAGCACUCCAAAUUCUGUAGCAUUCCAAGUGUAUUUCAUGUAGUAGCUCAAAAAACAUUCCCAGGGAAACCUUAGCAGACGAUUCAGCCUUCAGAAGCAGGCAGAAAGCAGCCUGGGCUUUCAGUUAGCUCAUUCAUCUUUGCCU